CGGCGGUCCACUGAGGCCUUUCAUAUUCUAACUGUGCUGACUCAUGCAUAGUUGUAGACGCAAGGCUUAAUUCUACGAAAAAGUCCGAAUACACUCUGACGCGAUUUCUAACUCGAUACUCCUCUGAUAAUUUCCAAUGAAGUGGUGUUCGUUAUCAAACAUGUAGUAGCGUAUUUUUAGCGAACAAGUUUCAGCCUGCCGCAGUAAACAGUAUAAAUAGGGCUGCGAGCAGACGACAGGCAGCAGUGUGUAUUGGAUCGGCGAGGUGAACACAUACACUGUACGAUACCUACGACUACACACUUAUACAGUGUAAAGCUAUCAACUGGUAAACUACAUAUACCUAAGCUACCUUACUCUUAGGUUAUUAGAAAAAGAUUUAAUAAUCAUGGCGGCACCACCCAUGCUUCCACCUGGAGGACUCCUUGAAAUCGUCUUCUCCUUUGAUACUACCGGAUCCAUGUCCUCCAUACUUGAGGAGGUCCAGGGAAGGCUACAGGACAUGAUACAGCGCCUCCAGGCUGAUAUUCCCGGCAUCAGAAUUGGUGUCAUAGCCCAUGGCGAUUACUGUGACGACAAAGUCUUCUACUUGACCAAGGAACUUGACCUCUGUACAAACGUUGUAGAACUUUGUAACUUCGUGAAGGGUGUGGAAGGAACUGGUGGCGGAGAUGAAGAUGAAUGUUAUGAAUUAAUUCUCCGAAUGGUCCGACAAAAUUUCACAUGGACACCAGCAUCACAGAAAAUCCUGGUCAUGAUUGGAGACGCCAAACCCCAUGAACCUGAAUAUGAACUGAAUGUUGAUAACAUUGACUGGAGAGCAGAAGUCAAUGAUCUUCACAAUAUGGGUGUGAAAAUAUAUGGUGUCCAGGUGUUUGAUCACCAAGAUGUUGAGGACUUCUACAAGACGAUUUCCACAAACACAGAAGGACAUUACCUCAAGCUGAGCGAAUUUUCCAACAUCUGUGACUUCCUCAUGGCUAUUUGUUAUCGGGAGAGGGGCGAGGAUCUAUUUUCUGGCUACGAAGCCGAGGUCCGAGGUCGAUAUGGGUCAGGUGGUAUUAACAGAGACCUAGAGGGAUUAUUUGGAACUCUGAGGAAGGCCGAUUCUGGUACAAGUGACAUUCACCCAGCCCCGCCACUUAUUUCACCAAUGUCAUCUACAACAACGACUGUUACAAUGCCAAUACCAAAGGUGACUCCUAUUAGGCCAAGGGUGAAUCCCAAGCGAAGGAACGUCACUGUCAGCAAUAUAAAGAAUAAACUCAAGAGCAAUGGUGAUGAUGCUGAUAUGAUUCCAAGAGAGAAAACAACGAAUAAAGCCUUCACGUGCAACUGUUUAAAUUGGUCGUCAUGGCGACUGGCGUACAUUCCAACAGACGUGAAUGAAGAAAAGACAAAACGUGGAUUCACGCGGAACUUCAGGGGAGCAUGUCAUAGACGUGUCCAACUAUUCAGAGACAAUUGUAAAUCAGCCCUCUAUGAGGUAGUAGUACAAACAAAGGCACGUGGAAAACGCCACGUGAUGUUCUCCAAGGUCAUUUCCGGUACUAUUGACAAUCGUGAAUGGGAAUACAAUCUUCUGUUUGGAGCGAAACAACGACUUCGCAGACAAAUAAAAAGCAUUAUCGAACAGGGCUGCAAAGUGUUUGUGAGAAGGGCAAUCUUGAAUAAGAAAUCUUUUGCUGAAGUAGACACUUUGGACAAAUAUAGUUACGCAUGGAACCUUCAAAAAGACACUCGUCAACACAGACGUGUCGUGAGAGACUAUGUCGUCAUUUCCGGUGAAUGUAUGGAGGAAUAAACUUUUAUCAUCCGAUUAAAGACAUAAUUUCAAUGUGUUAUGAACUCAUUAACAUAAUAUUGAGGUGCUAAAAUGACAUUGAACUAAAUUGUCAUAUCUUGCCAAGUCACAUUAGUUUUAAAUUAUAUUAUUUUUUAUUU